AUGUCGUACUAUCCAGGUGGUCCCGCUCCAAACCAGUCCUCGUAUCCCGGCGGACCUCAAUCGUCAUAUCCCGGCGGCCAACAGUCGUCGUAUCCCGGUGAUCCCCUCUCAUCGUCUUCGUCCGGUGGCUAUGGUAGCCAAUCCUCGUACCCUGGUGGCCCUCAUUCGUCUUCGACGUAUCCGGGUGGACCUCCGUCGUCGUACAACAGCGCGCCUGGCUACGACUCGCCUCAGCAGGGCUACAACUCGAACUACGGUCCACCUCAGAACGCCAACUACAACUCGUCCUAUGGCAACUCGCCAUCCGCCUCUCCUUACCCAAAUCAGCCAUCGCAGCAACACCAGCAGCAGCAGGGACCACAGCAGUACGAUGAGCAUGGCAACCCCGUGGAUGGCGAGCGUGGACUCGGUACCAUGGCCGCCGGAGCCGCCGCUGGCUGGGGCGCGAACAAGAUGACCGGUUCGCAUAUGGGUACCUUCGGCUCAAUGGCGAGCGGUGCGAUCCUCGCACAAGCUGGAAAAAUGAUCUAUGAGAAGAUGGAGAAGAACAAGCAUCCGAACGCCAGCGGCGGAUACGGUGGCAACCCUUACGGCCCUCCUCCCGGUGGUCACAACGGUGGCAAGCCGGGUGGAUUCGGCGGCUUCUUCAAGUGA